AUGAUGCGCGCAGUGUGGGAGGCGCUGGCGGCGCUGGCGGCGGUGGCGUGCCUGGUGGGCGCGGUGCGCGGCGGGCCCGGGCUCAGCAUGUUCUCCGGCCAGGCGGCGCAGCCCGACCCCUGCUCGGACGAGAACGGCCACCCGCGCCGCUGCAUCCCCGACUUUGUCAACGCGGCCUUCGGCAAGGACGUGCGCGUGUCCAGCACCUGCGGCCGGCCCCCGGCGCGCUACUGCGUGGUGAGCGAGCGCGGCGAGGAGCGGCUGCGCUCCUGCCACCUCUGCAACGCGUCCGACCCCAAGAAGGCGCACCCGCCCGCCUUCCUCACAGAUCUCAACAACCCGCACAACCUGACGUGCUGGCAGUCCGAGAACUACCUGCAGUUCCCGCACAACGUCACGCUCACGCUGUCGCUCGGCAAGAAGUUCGAGGUGACCUACGUGAGCCUGCAGUUCUGCUCGCCGCGACCCGAGUCCAUGGCCAUCUACAAGUCCAUGGACUACGGGCGGACGUGGGUGCCCUUCCAGUUCUACUCCACCCAGUGCCGCAAGAUGUACAACCGGCCGCACCGCGCGCCCAUCACCAAGCAGAACGAGCAGGAGGCCGUCUGCACCGACUCGCACACCGACAUGCGCCCGCUCUCGGGAGGCCUCAUCGCCUUCAGCACGCUGGACGGGCGGCCCUCGGCGCACGACUUCGACAACUCGCCGGUGCUGCAGGACUGGGUCACGGCCACGGACAUCCGCGUGGCCUUCAGCCGCCUGCACACGUUCGGUGACGAGAACGAGGACGACUCGGAGCUGGCGCGCGACUCCUACUUCUACGCCGUGUCCGACCUGCAGGUGGGCGGCCGCUGCAAGUGCAACGGCCACGCUGCCCGCUGCGUGCGCGACCGCGACGACAGCCUGGUGUGCGACUGCAGGCACAACACGGCCGGCCCGGAGUGCGACCGCUGCAAGCCGUUCCACUAUGACCGGCCCUGGCAGCGCGCCACGGCCCGCGAGGCCAACGAGUGCGUGGCCUGUAACUGUAACCUACACGCCCGGCGCUGCCGCUUCAACAUGGAGCUCUACAAGCUGUCGGGACGCAAGAGCGGGGGCGUCUGCCUGAACUGCCGUCACAACACGGCCGGCCGCCACUGCCACUACUGCAAGGAGGGCUACUACCGCGACAUGGGCAAGCCCAUCACCCACCGCAAGGCCUGCAAAGCCUGCGAUUGCCACCCCGUGGGCGCGGCUGGCAAGACCUGCAAUCAGACGACGGGCCAGUGUCCCUGCAAGGACGGCGUGACCGGCAUCACAUGCAACCGCUGUGCCAAGGGCUACCAGCAGAGCCGCUCUCCCAUCGCCCCCUGCAUAAAGAUCCCUGUGGCACCACCGACCACGGCCGCCAGCAGCGUGGAGGAGCCGGAAGACUGUGAUUCCUACUGCAAGGCCUCCAAAGGGAAGCUGAAGAUUAACAUGAAAAAGUACUGCAGGAAGGACUAUGCGGUCCAGAUCCACAUCCUGAAGGCGGACAAGGCAGGGGACUGGUGGAAGUUCACGGUGAACAUCAUCUCCGUGUACAAGCAGGGCACGAGCCGCAUUCGCCGUGGUGACCAGAGCCUGUGGAUCCGCUCACGGGACAUCGCCUGCAAGUGUCCCAAAAUCAAGCCCCUCAAGAAGUACCUGCUGCUGGGCAAUGCAGAGGACUCGCCCGACCAGAGCGGCAUCGUGGCGGACAAGAGCAGCCUGGUGAUCCAGUGGCGGGACACGUGGGCAAGGCGGCUGCGCAAGUUCCAGCAGCGCGAGAAGAAGGGCAAGUGCAAGAAGGCCUAGCGCGGUGGCCGCGGCGCCAGGCGGGCAGGCAGGGCGGGGCGUGGGGCCAAG